CUUGUUAACUUGACGAUGAUAACGUUUUGAUACCGUUCGUUUUGUAACAUUGAUAUUGUGUCGUACAUAUACUGUAACAACGAGAAAUAACUUGUGGCCAAAAUAACUUUGAUAUUUUCUCGCUGUCUUCUGAUUGUGAUGUUAUCAAUCGACCUCGGUUUGACGUAAUGGCAACGGUGAUUUUGAUGGCAACGACUUUUUCACAAAGUUUAUAAGAGUCACAAAAUCACAGGAAGAGAUAAAAUGCGAGUUCCCCCUUCCAUGCGCUCUCACUAACAGGUCCGUACGCUUCGAUGACGACGGUUUCGCGGACUUUGUAUUGAAGUGAAUAAGCACGCGGCGGUUUUCCUUCGCUACUCUUCAGUCUUCGUUAAACGACGUCGCACCGAUCACGCGAUGGCGAUGGCGGAAAAGAAAGCGUGUUCUGGGCCGGGUUACGCAAGUCCGAGAGCGGCGAUGCUCGAGGGACCGCGCGAGAAACUUCUGUACGUCAUUGGCAUACAUACGAAUCCUGAGAAAGCUGAUGUCCUCUGCACGGUGGAUGUAGAUCCUGACAGUUCUACGUACUGUCAGAUAAUACACAGAUUAAGAAUGCUGACUGUUGGUGACGAGUUACAUCACUCCGGCUGGAACAUUUGUAGUAGCUGUCAUGGAUCGCCCCGAAAACGCGAUACGCUGGUGUUGCCCUGUCUUAUGUCGGACCGGGUGUACCUAAUUGAUACGAGCAACGAGAAAAUGCCCAAGAUCAAAAAGAUUGUGGAACCGGAAGAGAUGCAUAAAUACGGGAUAUCUACGCCGCACACUUCUCAUUGUCUACCAACAGGUGAGAUACUCAUCUCUACCAUGGGUAAUCUUAAUGGCGAUGGAUUGGGCGAAUUUUUCUGCAUUGAUGCGCAGACCCUUCAAGCGAAAGGCACGUGGACCAAAGGCCGUGAAAGAGCAGCUUUUGGAUAUGAUUUUUGGUACCAACCGUAUCACGAUACGCUCAUUGCUACAGAGUGGGGCGCACCUAGAGUCUUUAAGAAGGGAUUCAUCCCAGAGGAUGUUCAUAAUCCCAAGAUAUAUGGCAGAACCUUGAAUGUUUACUCGUGGAACGAACGAAAGCUGAAACAAAGCAUCAAUCUAGGAGAUGAUGGAAUCGCCCCACUUGAAAUAAGAUUCCUUCAUAAUCCAUUAGCAGCCGAAGGAUUCGUGGGUUGCGCGGUAACGUCGAAUGUUUAUCGGUUUUACAAGAAGGAAGACAAUUGGAAAGGCGAAAAGGUGAUCCAGGUGUCACCAAAAAAAGUCGAAGGAUGGAUCGCGCCUCUGAUGUCGGGUAUGAUCACCGACAUUUUGCUGAGUCUGGACGACAAGUAUCUGUACCUGUCCAAUUGGUUGCAUGGCGACGUUAGACAAUACGACAUCUCCGAUACAAGAAACCCAAGAUUGACUGGUCAGGUCUUUCUAGGAGGAUCGAUACUAAGCGACUCGCAGGUGCGUGUGGUGCAAGACGAGGAAAUGAGCGGUCAGCCCGAUCCCGUCUACAUCAAGGAACGUAGAUUGUAUGGUGCGCCGCAAAUGUUGCAGUUAAGUUUGGAUGGACGUCGCUUAUACGUGACUACGUCGAUCUUUAAACCAUGGGACAAACAAUUUUAUCCCGAUCUUCUCAAGUAUGGAUCAACGAUGGUGAAGCUUGAUAUUGAUGUCGAGAAAGGCGGAAUGAAACUCGACCAUCAAUUUCUCGUUGAUUUUGGCACCGAUAAAAACGAUAUUUUAUUGGCGCAUGAGAUGAGAUACCCUGGUGGUGAUUGCACCUCCGAUAUAUGGCUGGCAGAGAGACCCUAAUUUUAAUGAGUGGACUGGAUGUAAAAUCAAAGCAUCUCAACAUCUACGAAAAUAGUAAUACAGUAGCUUAUUUUACAACACAUUGUAGCUUUGCAAGACUUUUUUCUAAUAAAAUUUCUCAAACUUUUUCAUCUAG